AUGGAGCUCAGUUUGUUAAAAAUGAGUCAGGCGGGAGUGAGCUUCACCGAUUUCCCAAUGGAGCUGCAGCUCAAGAUCCUCUCCCAAGUCAAUCUGGCGCAGAUUUUGACGCUUCUGAAGAUCCAUCCUUGGAAGGACGCGAUUUUGGACUAUCUGACGAUUGAGGCGCGCAGAGCUCGCAAAAACCCCAGUUACUACCCGCUUCUGGACAAGUUCCGAUACGACGCGAAAUUCGUCGACUUUUUCAACUACAACUAUGACGAGCUCGCCCGGCAGAAUCCGAACCUCUCGUCUUGGACAAAUCGCGAGCCUGUCGCAUGGUUUCUCUCGGCGCACCAGAUGCUCAAAGAAGCUUCUGUCUUUGACCAGAAAAAGUGCUCGAUUCACGUGCUGGACGCUGCUUCGCCGAUGCACAAUCCUGUCUUGAACACAAACGUCGUCUGCUUCACAAGAAACAAAAAGCUCUGCAUCUGGCGACGUCAGAAUCAGCAAAUGCACUACAUCGACUGCACGGAAACGCCAGUCGAGAACAUUUGGACUUGCAAGUCAAACAUCGAGCUCUACGCAUCGGAAAAAUACAUCAUCUACGCUGCGAUUUCAGACAAUGGACAUGUCCAGAUCAGAGCUUACUGCACCAUCAAUUUCAAUCUACUCUGGGGGCUCCAGUCAGCCAAAAGCUACAACUACACAACGCUGAGGAUUAUCUCCGUCGAUCCCAAUGGGCGAAUUUUGAUUUGCGUCCAGCGCAGCGACGAGGCCGACAUCGAGGAAGAAGGUCUGGCCGCCGACUUCGAGGAUAUGGACACGACCGAGGCUACGUAUCUCUUUGCAGGCCCACAGGCGACGGAUGUGACGGAGAUUGAAACUGUCAUCAACACGGAGGCAUUGAGCCAGAAGCUCUACCUCUUUGGCAGUGUUUUCUACAAACUCACCCUCGAAAAAUGCGCACGAUACUUUGGUUCGGCCGUAAACAUAAAAUGCGUCAAGUUGCCAUUUUCGAAGAUGGGAGCAGGAGCCGAGGAGGAAGAGGUCUUCAAGCAGCGAACGCUGUUUACGAUUCCAGACGAUGUUGGCCUCGCCUACCUCGGAAAUGAAAUCUGCUUCUGGUAUCAUGAUCGACUGGAGUUUCGAAUUAGCUCUGUCGAUGACCUACGAACCGUUGUUACUCCGGUCGAUCUCCGCUGCAAGUCGGAUAUAAACGUCCUCGUCAACGGCGAAACCAUCACUCUGACCGGCUUCGACCAAAUCCACGCGCAAACCUUCGUCCUCAAGUUCUACCGCAAAGACGACCAGACCAAGACCGUUUCCUACCAGCGCGCCUUCCUGAAACAAUCGGUGAGUCCGCACUCUGUUCACACUUCGGACUCUGCGAUUGCAAUUCUUCACCCGUCGCGCGUCUACCUCGAGGUUUACGACUAUCUCUCCCCGCUGGUCGGCUGA